UUUAAUUUUCUCCAAAAACUCCCUACUGUUCCUCCCUAUAUAUUCAUCUCUCUCUCUCCAUCUUCUCUUCAACGAUCUCAACCCAUUAAUCCCUUCCCCUCUAUGAUCACACUCUUCUAAUUUUUCUCGCCAUAAUCAAUGUCUCCUUCGAUGAGUUUUGCCCUCCAUCCUGAUGAAGAAAGAGGAGAUCAUCAUCAGUAUCACAGAGGCGUGAAGUAUCUCUGCGAGAAAGGGAUAACUAAAGUUCCUGCAAAAUACAUAUUACCAGUCAUCGAACGCCCUAACACAGGGGAAUUGAAUGGUAACUUCUCUAAUGAUCAUGAUCUCAGAUUACCAGUCAUCGAUUUUGCAGAGUUACAAGGCUCAAACAGAGUUCAAGCUCUGCAAUCGCUUUCCAGAGCUUGUGAAGAAUAUGGCUUCUUCCAGUUGAUAAAUCAUGGCAUUUCAAGAGAAACUAUUACUAGCAUGGUUGAAGAGGGAAGGAAAUUUUUCGAGCUCCCAUUUGAAAAGAGAUCAAAGUACAUGUCAAAAGACAUGUUUUCACCUGUAAGAUAUGGAACAAGUUUCAAUCAGAACAAAGAUAGGGUGUUUUGCUGGAGAGACUUCUUAAAGCUUAAUUGUCAUCCACUCUCAGAAAUGCUACCCUUUUGGCCUUCCUCUCCUUCAGAACUAAGGGAAGCGGCGGUUAACUACUCCAAAGAGACAAAGUACUUGUACAUGAUGCUUGUGAAAGCAAUCCUAGAGAGUCUGGGAGUGGUGGAAAACAAUAGAAGUUGUAAUGAAAAGGACAGCUGCUUAAAAGAAUUUGAAGAUGGAAGCCAAAUCAUAGUGGUGAAUUGUUACCCUUCAUGUCCUGAACCUGAUCUAACUCUUGGCAUGCUACCCCAUUCUGACUAUGGCUUCCUCACAUUGCUUCUUCAAGAUGAAUUGGUCAAGGGUCUUCAGAUUCAUCACCGAGGCAAAUGGGUAACCGUGGAACCCAUUCCUAACUCUUUUGUGGUUAACGUGGGUGAUCAUCUUGAGAUAUUUAGCAACGGCAGAUACAAGAGCGUGCUUCAUAGGGUUCUAGUGAAUCCUGCAAAGUCCAGAAUCUCAAUUGCUUCAUUGCACAGCUUACCUUUCAGCAGCACGAUUCGACCGUCACCCAAACUCGUCAACGAAGACAAUCCAAAGCGUUACAAAGAUACAGAUUUUGCAAGUUUUAUGGAAUAUAUUACAACUUGUGAACAUAAGAGUAAGAAUUUCUUGGAAUCCAGGAAGUUGACGACUUGAUAGUCGGAAAAGAAAAGGAAAGCUAGCUAGAAAAGUCUAGUUCUUUUGACUUUUUGUAGGACAAAUAUUAUUAUUAUAUAUAGCUAGCAAAGACUGGUUAGAGAGUAUUAAAUGAGAAUUAGAGAUAUAAUAUAUUGUAUUAUGGACUUUUAUGGAGAAUAAAGUGCCUGUUCUCUUAUGUUUUUCAA